AUGGGCGAUCAGGAAAAUUGGGAUAAGAGGGAGGCAAACGAAGGCGUCCGCAGGGGGGGAGAAGUGAAUAGCGGCAGUGAUGAACUAGCCACUCGGGGUGACCUCGCCACACGGGGUGAUCUCGCCACACGGGGAGACCUCGCGACGCGGGACGAAGCCUCCGCGGGAGACGCGAAGAAGAAGACCGCGUCUCAGUUCAGCAUCCUGGAGCAGCUGUCCAUGCUAAACAAAAAGAGAAAAAAGCUGUCAAGAGAGAAGGAAGGAUGGGAGGUCAUUUCAAACAUUUCCAAGUAUUCAUCAGACCAUAACAAAGAAACGGAAAAGAAAAAGAUACUCAUCUGUUUAGGGAACAACCAUUUUGGGCAGCUAGGGUUCCAGGAGAACGUUAAAAUUGGCAUCGUGGACUUCUCCACGGUCCUCAUUAGUAAGAGGUACCCCGCGAGUGAGAGGGGCCGCCGGGGGGGCCUCCAAACGGGUGGCGACGAAACGGGUGGUGAUGAAACGAUUGGCGGUGACGACGGUGGGGGGGAGACUGCCGGGGGUGAAGUUGCCGGGGGUGAAGUUGCCGGGGGUGAAGCUGCUGGCGGCGGAGCGGAGGGGACCCCGGAGAGGCGCAGAAGGUACAACAGCCUGGCCAGGGAAUUGAAGCAGCGGAACAACCUCGCGAGGGAAAUGAAGCGGAGGAACAUCAACUCCUCCUUCUACAACAGCCAGUCGUAUAACACCCUGAGGAGGAACGAAAUAUACAACGACAUCCUGACGAGACUCCCGAACGAUUUUAGCAUCUCCACGAUUAAGAAAAUCAAAAUUGAUGAGCAAGUUGGGAAGAGCAUGAGCAAAGGGGACGUGCACGACUUGCUAGGAAAGAGACGCACGGAGAGCGGCGGUGGAAGGAGGCGCAGGAGCGUCACUAGUGAGGAGGGGAAAGACAAAAAUAAGCAAAAUGGCAAGCGCGUUGUAAAGGAGGAGCCACAUGGGAAGCUACUCCUACACAGGAGGAGAAGCAGCACCUGCAACAGGGCAGGCAACACCCGGGUGAACCCCAGCAGAGACACGAACUACCUCACGAGGAACAGGUACGAGGAAGGGGCAGUGGAGAAGAAGAAAAGGUUCUUUUCUGAAAAUGAAAAGGACAAGGACUACCAGAGGAGGAUCCGCCAGUAUAGCGACUUUUUCAAAACGGGUGAGUACGUGGCGGGGGGAAGUGGCGGUCAAGCGGGGACCCCGCGCCAGGUGGCGGUGCGAAGCCAAUUGGAAGUGCUAAAACGGGAGGAAGUGCUAAAACGGGGGGACGUCCCAAACCAGGCGGACGUCCCAAACCAGGUGAACACGAGCAACAGCCCCAACAGCAACAGCCACUUAGCCGAUGGAGGGAACAAGCAGGGGGAGGACCACCUCUUCUUUAACCCAGAGAUAAUAAACUGCGGCAAGUACCACUCUGGGGUGGUUAGCAAAAAUGGGUUUGUCUGUCUGUGGGGGCUGAACUGCUACGGACAGCUCGGUGUGAAUCCGAACAAGUCAGUCCACACGUGUUAUAGAAGGACCAAAUUGAAAACGUUGAAAAGGGACCUCGAAGAUGAGCACAAUGCAGAGGAGGAGAAGAAGAAGAGGAAGAAAAAAAAAAAAAAAGACGCUGCUGCAAGGAGGACCAUUUUCUCCCCUAUUAAGAAAGAAAAAACGGUGCUCUCCCCCUACAUACAUAAAUUAGUACCCUUAAAGCAUUUUGGGCAUAAGCAUAAGGUGAAGGAUAUAAGCUUAGGGUCAUUCCACACGUUACUACUCACAUAUGAUGGGUUCGUCUUCACCUUCGGGUGCAACAAGAAGGCGCAGUUGGGGCUACCCAAUGGGUACCACAGGAAGGUAUCCCACACAAGCAGGCCGUUCCUACUGCCACUGGUGAUUGUCGAACGAGGGAUGCAGAAGAGCCACCCCCGCUACGGACGAACGAACACAUUUUUCUUUUCAUCCAAAACGACAUAUGCAAAUAUUGCACACCCAGUUAUUUCCAUCAACUGUGGGGCGUAUAACAGCGCGGUGAUAGAUGCUAAUAGGAAGCUGUGGAUUUGGGGCUGGAACAAGUUCGGCCAGAUAGACAAUUCUUAUGCGGUAGAGAAGAUGAAGAAGAAGGAGCGGGAGGAAGAGGCGCAUGUGUGCAAGACGUGCAGUGGGGGCAGAAUUCACGUGGGCAUGAUGAACCUGAAAAGGAUAAGCGAAAUGGUGCAAAGGGGGGGAGAACACAUAAAAAAAAAACUUACAUCCAAGGAGAGGUUACACGUAAAAGGGGAAGACGGGCAUAAGGACAAACGUGGGAGACACAAGAAAAGCAACAAACUUGUGAACGUCCCCAGAAAUGUUAAGAUAAAAGAUAAGAGUGUCCUGCAAGUCAGUUUGGGGAAGUACCACAGCCUCUGCCUGACGGAGGACAAGUCCGUUUACAUAUGGGGCUACUUGAAGAGGAAGAAAGGAAAGAAGAAGGGAGGAGGGGCAGGCGGAUCAGACGGAGAAGCAGAAGCGGAAGCAGGGGCAUACGGAGACGGGGGAGGAAAAAAAUGCUCCUACGUCCUGCCAUGCUGCGGAGGCGGCGAGUACUACAGGAACAUCACCCGAGUGACGAAGAUAAGCUGCUUGAGCCACUUGUACAUCUCCAGCAUCGCCUCCUCCAGCACGCACACGGCAUUCGUUGCGCCAAUUACCUACAUCGAUGAGAGAAGCGUCGGCGAAAGAAGCACUGGUGAGCGGGGUGUCGACUCGCGGGGGGGACCCAGAAGCGCCAUCUCUGCAGGAGGAGGGGAAAAAGUGGGAGACAAGUUCAGGUACAACAUUCUUCUGAAAAAUGAAGGCUCCCAUUUAUUGAAGUAUUACUCUGAGCAGGUCAUAACCAGGGGGGGAGACAACAUCUUCUACGUCAAAUACGCAGACCUCAUUCUCUUGAUUAGCGGACCACCCCGAGGAGGCGAAGGGGACGUUACCGCUCAGGGCAUCCACCCGAGGGAUAACGUCUAUCUGAUAAAUAACUCCCUGCACGUUAGCAAUGUGUACAGCCAUGGGAGUAAUUACUACCUGGAUUUUGGCGGUCGGGGGGGGAGAGCGGCUGGCCAGGCGGAAGACUCACCCGGACGCGGCGGCUAUGUAAGCGGUGUUAGCGGUGUAAGCGGUGCGUCCCCCGUCAGCGGAACCGACCGAGUGCGGAAAAUCCUGCAGCCGCUCCUCCUCAGCAACAAUAACAACCUGAACCGAGUGGACUUGCUGCAAAUAUUUCAAGUGGCCAUGGGGAAAAACUUUGCCAUCUUUUUAACCUCCUCCCCAUCCAUCAAUCGCAUUUUAAACAAAAAAAAAAUUGAUUACAUAAACAAUAUAUGCUCCUUAGACGUUUUACGAAACAAAAUCCCCGAGAGGAAUUUAUUUAUCAUUGGAAAGUCCGACUUUCAUCACAUUAUACUGCCGAGUAACUGCAAGCAGACGAGCAUCCCAGUUUGCCUGCACAAGAACAAACUUAUAAAUGAGGUCCUCCUACGAAAUAAAAAACAUAAUUUUUUAAACAUAUCCAGGAGGAAGAAGCACUCCGACCAGAUUAGCUACCACAAUAAGAUGCUGAAUUUGAAGCACCUUCAUGGGAAGAUUAAAAAAAGCGUCACCAACUGUAGCUUACUCUACAAUGAUGUGGACCAGCAGAGGUUUUCCCUCAUCUUGGACGCCGCCGGUGCCAACAGGAGCUCGCUGGCGGCCUACAAGCUGAACUCUGCCAACUGUGGCACAUCCAGCAGCAGGAACAGGAAGUCCAUCUCCUACGUGCAGUCGUCCAGCGACCGGGUCAGCAGCAGCCACGGCCACAGCAACGGCCACAGCAAUAGCAAUAGCAACCGCAACAGCAGUAGCAACCGCAACAUCUUCCACUUUAACUUGGGACAGCGGAGGGGCACGGCGGCGCGCGGCAAGUGCGCCUCCUCGGAGGACCGCUUUUCCGCCGCCCGCGAAGGGAGCAGCCGGGUUAGCAGCCACGUCAGCAGCGGCCGCGCAGAGAGCAACCAGGUUAGCAGCCACGUCAGCAGCGGCCGCGAAGAGAGCAACCCGGUUAGCAGUAGCCAUGUCAGCAGCAGUCGCGAAGAGAGCAACCAGGUUAGCAGCCACGUCAGCAGCGGCCGCGAAGAGAGCAACCCGGUUAGCAGUAGCCAUGUCAGCAGUAGCCACGUCAGCAGAAGCCGCGAAGAGAGUAACCACGAAGAGAGUAACCGCGAACAGAGCAACCAGGAGGGAGCCCCCGGAGGGGCACACAAAGAGGAGAGGGCAGGCGCCCCCCUCUCUGGCAAGGAACAGAAGGAUAGCUUGUCCAGUUCCUCGAACGAGGGAGACCUGAAGAGGGAAGACAACCCGCAAAGCGGAGCCCAUUUAGGGAUGCCAAGUGAAGAACCCCAUCUGUAUGAAGAACCUGGGGAGUACUACCCCAUUGGUAAAGCAAAACAGGUAAGCAGCGCGUGGGGCACACCGGGAGAGCAACUGGACCAUUCGCAAAGCACACAAAAUGAUGGCAAGCAUUUUUCAUACAAGAGCAGCAGCAGGAGUAGUAGCAGCUGUAAUAACUACCGGGCGAGUGGGCAAGCAGUGGAAAGGGAUAACCAAGCAGUCAUGGGUGCCUGUUCCAUCGUGGGAGGGGCUAAAAAGGAGGAGAUGUGCGGGGAGAACGCGAAUGGGAAGGGUGACGGAGAGGAAAAGGGAAGAGAAGUUGGAGGGGAAAACGAAAAGAAAGACGGGCAGGAGAGUGGCCCCCCCGCGAAGGAAAGGCGCAAAAGCUCCACUUGCGUAAACAAAAAAAAACUCUUCAGAAAUAUGAUACUGCAAGCUAUAGACAAAAUAAAUGACAAUUUUUUAAACCAGAAAAAUGAGAGUGGCAGACUGGUUGAUUGCGAACAAGUAAAAUUAAAAUUUAAAGUUUUUAAAAGGAGGAGGUCUUGCCUCUGGAAUUAUUUCACCUAUCAUCAUACGAAGCGGAAGGGUCCCUUGGGAUUUAACUUGUCGGAAAAUAUCGUCAACAUAACGCUGCUGGAUGUGGCCUGUGGGGAUUACCACUCGCUGAUUUUGUUGGAGGUGGACACCCUCACGUGA